AUGGCUCGUGUACGGAGAAGAUCAAGUAACUUGGGUGCCGACAUUCGCGGUGACACCAGUGCCCCGGCCAUGUCCACCAUGAAUGAGGUCAGUCCUACUGAGUUGGAUGCGCCGAAAUGGGAUCAGUCACUGCAGUCUCGUCCCGACAAACCCAUCAAGCAAUCGAAACGCCGCAGAAGUCGAUCCGGUCUUCGUCGCUUUAAAGACUUGUGCUUGAAGCACACAUGGGUCCUUCCACUGCUUAUCAUGACUGUUCUCCUCUUCCUCUACGCCGUCAAUCCAACUCCAUCCAAUCCAAUGCACAGUGCUAUCUUCCUUUCGUAUCCGCAGCCCCCGAAGUUUCCCGGGGGCCCGAUUAUGUAUGGGAAAGGCACCAAGGAUAUCGCUUUCGUCUCAUUCUAUACGGUUGUUUUGUCCUUUACCCGCGAGUUCAUUAUGCAGCGCCUAAUCCAGCCGUGGGCGGUGUAUUGCGGAAUUCGCGGUAAGGGCAAAACCGCACGGUUCAUGGAACAAGUGUACACGGCUAUCUACUUCAGCAUCUUCGGCCCCUUCGGUCUGUAUGUGAUGAGCCGGUCCAAUAUCUGGUAUUUCAAUACCACGGCUAUGUUUGAAGGGUUCCCGCAUCGAGAACAUGAGGCUCUGUUCAAAGCGUAUUACCUACUCCAGGCUAGCUACUGGGCUCAGCAGGCUAUUGUGCUGAUGCUGCAGUUGGAAAAGCCCCGGAAGGAUUUCAAAGAGCUCGUGGGUCACCAUAUCAUUACCCUAGCCCUGAUCGGCUUGAGCUACCGUUUCCAUUUCACCUACAUCGGCAUCGCCGUCUAUAUCACGCACGAUGUCUCGGACUUCUUCCUCGCGACCUCCAAAACCUUCAACUACCUGGAUCACCCCAUCACAGCCCCCUACUUUGGAUUUUUUGUCAUCAUGUGGAUCUACUGCCGACACUUCCUCAACCUCAAGAUCCUCUGGGCUGUAUUGACGGAAUUUAGGACCGUUGGUCCUUUCGAGCUGAACUGGGAAACGCAACAGUAUAAGUGCUGGAUUAGUCAGUAUAUCACAUUUGCUUUGCUCGCUAGUUUGCAGGCGGUCAACCUCUUCUGGCUCUUCUUGAUCCUUCGCAUCUUGAAGAACUACCUUUUCAACAGCAUCGCGAAGGAUGAGAGGAGCGAAGAUGAGGAUGAGGAAGAAAUCCCCGAGCAAGAGACCAGCACCAACGCCGCUGUCGCAACCGGUACCGAUGUCCCAAAAAUUACUGCGCGCAACACCAGCAAGGAAAAUCAGGCCCCGCAAGUUCUGGUCAACGGCGAGCCCGUCAACAAGGACUCCUGA